UGAAAAAUUGCCAUUAAAAUAUAAUAUAAUAAUAAAAUAUUGAAGUAAAAUUAAGAGGUGUAAAAUGGAGAACUGGCAAUCGAUAUAUUUUUUUAUGAUAAUUUCUUGUUUGAUUUUUAACGAAGGUAUUGAAAAUAAAUAUUUGGGUGAAAAAAAAAUAUGUCCGUUUGAAAAAGGUAUCACAAGAAAAGCUGCUAAAAUUGGUGACAUAGAAACAUUAAAACUAGCUUACGAGAGUAAUUGUGAAUGGGAUGAAUAUACGACUAUUGAAGCUGCUGCAAAUGGACAUUUCGAAUGUUUAAAAUAUGCACAUGAAAAUGGCUGUGGCUGGGAUGAAGAAACAACUAGAGACGCUGCUGCAAAGGGACAUUUUGAAUGUUUAAAAUAUGCACAUGAAAAUGGAUGUCCAUGGGAUGUAAGCACAGCGAUAUAUGCUGCAACAAAUGGGCAUUUACAAUGUUUAAUCUAUGCACAUAAAAAUGGCUGCAGUUGGAAUGCUGAUAUAACAAGAUACGCUUCUUUGAAUGGACAUUAUGAAUGUUUAAAAUAUGCACAUGAAAAUGGUUGCAACUGGAUUAAAGACAUAUCUAAAUAUGCUGUUAUAGGAGGUAAUUUAGAUUGUUUAAAAUAUGCACAUGAAAAUGGAUGUUCAUGGGAUGAAAGCAUAACGAUAGCAGCUGCAACAUAUGGGCGUUUAGAAUGUUUAAUCUAUGCACAUAAAAAUGGGUGUCAUUGGAAUGCAGAAACAACAAGAAACGCUGCUUUAAAUGAAUACUAUGAAUGUCUAAAAUACGCACAUAAAAAUGGAUGCCACUGGAAUAAUGACGUAACUACAUAUUCUGUUAUAGGAGGUAAUUUAGAUUGUUUAAAAUUUGCUCACGAAAAUGGAUAUCCAUUAGAUGAUGACAUAACUAUAGAGGCUACUCUAAGAGGUAAUUUAGAAAUUUUAAAAUAUGCACAUGAAAGUGGAUGUCCAUUAGAUGAUGGCAUAACUAUAGAGGCUACUGUAAGAGGUAAUCUAGACAUUUUAAAAUAUGCACAUGAAAAUGGAUGUCCAUUAGAUGAUAAGAUAACUACUGUGGCUAUUGAAAAAGGUUAUUUUGAAAUUUUAAAAUAUGUACAUCAAAAUGGAUUUCCAUGGCAUAAAAGAACAACAAAAGUAGCUGCAAGUUAUGGUAAUUUAGAAUUUUUAAAAUAUGCUCAUGAAAACGAUUGCAAAUGGUAUGAAGGUACAGUAAUUACAGCAGCCAUGAAUGAUAAUUUAGAAAUUUUAAAAUAUGCACAUAAAAAUGGAUGUUCAUGGGAUUAUGACACAACUAGAGCUUCUGCAGCAAGUGGUUGCUUGGACUGUUUAAAGUAUGCUCAUGAAAAGGAGUGUCCAUGGCAUGAAGCAACAUUAAAUACAGCUGCCGCGCAUGGUAAUUUAGAUUGCUUAAAAUAUGCAUAUGAACAUGGAUAUAAUUGGAUAGUUGGUACGACGAGAGGGGCUGCUGCAAAUGGACGUUUAGACUGCUUGAAAUAUGCUAUUGAAAAUGGUUGUGAAUGUGAUGAAGGCACAACAAGGGAAGCUGCUGCAAGUGGUUGUAUUGACUGUUUGAUAUUUGCUCAUAAAAAUGGAUAUAAAUGGGAUGUAGGAACAAAGAGCGCCGCUGCUGCAAAUGGUCAUUUAGACUGCCUAAAAUAUGUUCAUGAAAAUGGAUGUGAAAUAGAGUGUGAUAUCGUACAUGGUGCAUUUGUUAACGGACGCGAGACGUGUUCAAUUUAUGAGUUUUAUCCUUUGGUGUCGCCCGGCUAUAAGAUUGUAGAAUCACCUAACAAUCUGAUUUAUUACCCUGUAAUGACUAAUCAAGUAGAUAACGUAAAAAUUGAAAUUAAAGAUCAAAACGGAGAACUUGUCGAUUUCAGAGGUGAGAGUGUAACAGUUCGUGUUCAUAUCCGUUAUGGGAGUACGAUAUAA